AUGGCACUGAAGGGUCUGUCCCCCGAGAUUGGUGUGGGGGGGAUGAAAAGUAGGCUCCUGUCUGUGGAACACAGAUUCCGGGAUGGUAGGGAAGGAGAAGGUUCUAGGGACCAGUUCGAUAAUCUGGACAAACACACUCAGUGGGGGAUUGACUUUGUUGAGCGCUAUGCUAAAUUUGUCAAGGAGAGGCUGGAGAUAGAGCAAAACUACGCCAAGCAGCUACGGAACCUGGUGAAGAAAUACUGUCCAAAGCGCUCUAAAGAUGAGGAGCCGAGGUUCACGUCAUGUCUGUCUUUCUACUCCAUACUCAAUGAGCUUAAUGACUAUGCUGGUCAGAGGGAGGUGGUGGCGGAGGAGAUGGCUCACAAGGUUUAUGGUGAGCUGAUGAGGUACAGCCAGGACCUCAAAGCCGAGAGGAAACACCAUCUACAGGAGGGCAGGAAGGCCCAGCAGCAUUUGGAUCAUUGCUGGAAACAGAUGGACAAUAGUAAAAGGAAGUUUGAAAGAGAGUGUAGAGAAGCAGAGAAGUCCCAGGUGACCUACGAGCGGCUAGAUAAUGACAUCAACGCCACCAAAUCAGAGGUGGAGAAGGCCAAAGCCCAGUUCUACAUGCGCACUCACGCAGCUGAUGAGAGUAAGAAUGAGUACGCCGCUCAGCUCCAGAGCUUCAAUGGAGAGCAGUGGAAACAUUUCCAUAAUGCCAUACCACAGAUCUUCAAGAAUCUGCAGAACAUGGAUGAACGUCGGACAGUAAAGCUCGGGGAGACGUAUCGAAGCUUUGCCGAGGCAGAGCGGAGAGUUAUUCCCAUCAUCUCCAAAUGUCUAGAGGGAAUGGUUUUAGCUGCCAAAGCUGUAGACGAGCGAAGGGAUUCGGCCAUAGUUGUGGAGUCAUUUAAAUCUGGCUUUGAACCUCCUGUUGACUUCCCCUUCGAGGACUUCAGUCAGAAUUUGAGCAGAACGGGCUCAGAUGGUACCAUCAGCAACACGCCCAAAGGAGACAGAGACAGAGAUCGAGACGGGGCGCCGGGGCCACGAUCCGACCCGAAGCACGCCAUGAGCAGAACCAAGAACAAGCUCUGGCUGUUUGGGAAGAAACCAAAGGCACCGUCUCUGGAGGAUUUCAGCCACUUACCUCCUGAGCAGAGGAGGAAGAGGCUGCAGCAGAGGAUCGACGAACUCAACAGAGAACUUCAGAAAGAGAUGGAUCAGAGAGAUGCCCUGAACAAGAUGAAGGAUGUGUAUGAGAAGAAUCCUCAGAUGGGAGACCCCAACAGCCUGCAGCCGAAAAUCUCAGAAACCAUCUGUAACAUGGAGAAACUGCGCUCCGAAAUCCACAAAAAUGAGACGUGGUUGUCUGAGGUGGAAGGAAAGCAAAGCUCCAGAGGAGACAGAAGACACAGCGCUGAUAACCACCACCAUGCUCCUCAAGGCAGAGAGAGUCCUGAGGGCAGUUACACAGACGACACCAGCCAGGAGCAUCACACCCCUCAUCACCGGCCUGCUCCUGCGCAGCCUAGCCAUCCCAACCCGGAUCCUCACGAGUUUGACGAUGAGUUCGAUGAUGACGACCCUCUGCCGGUCAUCGGACACUGCAAAGCACUCUACUCAUUUGACGGUCAGAACGAGGGGACGCUGGUGAUAGCGGAAGACGAGGUUUUGUACAUCAUCGAGGAGGAUAAAGGUGACGGGUGGACGCGGGCGAGGAAGCAGAGCGGAGAGGAGGGCUACGUUCCCACCUCCUACGUAGAAAUCACGCUGGAGAAAAACAGCAAAGGUGCCGUCACCUACAUCUGACGCUCCACUGUCCUCUGUCUGUCAUUCUCUCCGUGUCUGCCUGCUUCUCAGUGUAACACCACUAAAAGGAAAAGAGACAGCAUCACUGUGAACAUCUGCAUGGACUACUGUCAUCUGUUUGCCUGGUUUCCAUCCCACCUCUUCAUCCUCAUGUUUGCUCAUUCUUUUAACCCUGUAAUCACUCGUCUUCCUCUCAUACCUGCGAUGUUUCUGAGCACGAACAGGAAGAACUCGUGUUUUGGCCUUUGAGUGAUUUGCGUGUUAAAUAUGAGGCAUUUCUGUGCUCGUCCACUACUGUUUGAGCAUUGUAUGUAAGCUACACUUCUUCUUAUAGAUCCAAUGAAUUAAGAUUGUUUUAUAUUAUACAUUAGAAAGAAUUUAUUUUUAUUUUAAGAGUUAUUUUAAUUAUUAUACUGUCAAUUAUUUUUAACUGGAGAUGAUCAGAGUCUGAUUUUAAACUCUUUAUGUGUCAGUGUUUUUUCUUUUUGUUUCUUUUUGUUUUAUUAAUGAAAUAUGCUGCAUUUAAUUUGUUUUUCUGUCUGAUUUCUGUGUGUGUGUGUGUGUGCACACGUGUGUAUGUGUGUCUGUGCAAGUGCAUUUUUUGUGCCAUCAUACUACAGAUUUGUCUCAAUUGUUACUGAAAAGGAUCUGGAUAAAAUCUCCACCCAUCAGUUUUCUAGCUGUUGAUGGAGUCGGGCUCAUUUAGUCUCCUUCACUGGUGUAAAGAAGUAGACAAAGCCAGAAUUCUUUGGAAUUUCUCCAUCAGCAGUUCCUUUGAACACUAAUUUCCCAUGCCCCACUGGUUCCGAUGUUAUUUUCUUAAUCAGCUGGUCACUGCAGUUUUUAACCCAGUCUUACCUAAAUAUAACAAAGGCUGUAGUUUUUAGCAGAAAAGGAGAAAAAGUUCAUUUAUCAGGCACUACUUACAGUGGGCUCCACUUUGGUGGGGCACCUUUAAACCCCACCAAAGUGACAUUGCGUCCCUACAAACUUUUCUCCUCUGUGACUAAAACACAAACGUCCCUGACUUCAGUCGUGUCUGAGUGUAAAGUGGUGCAGCUUAUGUGUGGUGGUGUGCUUUUAUUAACGGUCUUUCUCCUCUAUGUGACUGCAGGUUCCUGAGGAGCCCGCAGAGUGGCCGGGCGGUUUGAUUGGCUGGUGGAGGGCUCAUGCUGAUUGCUGAUUAUUGGUGGUUUUGGGGGGGUAGGUAGGGAGGGGUGACCGAGAAAGAGAGGAAAAGGGAGAGAGAGGCAGAGGAGGUCAGAGAUGAGGUGGGAUGCUAGGGAAGUUUGCAUGCCUGCAUGCUCACACGUCCAUAAGCAGCAAAGCAUUUGGGGGCUUUAAGAGGAGGGAGGCAGAAGAGUUGAUCCCAAAGCUAUGAACACGCAAUAAUAGAUUUAUUAUCUUCAUGUAAGAUACAAAUCCAGCUCUGAACUGUGGACCAUUUGGCUUUCAGAGCAGGAAGUGGCAACUACAGCAGUUUAUUAGGUACACCAGGCUCGACUGGAUGCAGUCCUGACAUAAACUCAUUAUGGUUACAAUGUUCAGUUUAUGCUCAAACUGAAGAGGGCUCCAUCAUAAGCAGCUUUGAUAAAACCUUUUAUUUGUGCACUAGGCUACUUUCUCUUUAUGGACCUUAAUGCUGAACUCUGCUCCGUUCUGAUCUUCUUAUAUUGAUGGGUCACGGGUGUCAUGUACCUGGCACUGAGAUCCCAGACUUUAAAAACCUUUUUUGGUCCACACAGGAUUAAGCUUUUUAUUAGUUAAAAUUUCGUUUUGGCUUCGUGCUGUGAAAAGGAUAACUUGUUAUCCUGUUAAGCAAGUUAUCUUGCUUUAAUAAAUUAAGUUAGUCUCUACUGUUUGGAGGAAAGUGGUACAAUUUUUCACUUAACUAAUGCUAAAUUUUUAUUUAUUUUUUUUUUUUAAAGUACCCUUCAAGUAAGAAUUCUCAAUUCACAUAUUCCCCCCACCCCCCAAAAAAAGAAAAGGAAAAAAGGUUUAAUUACCCACACACGCACACAUUUUCUCCCAGACUUUGGAUCCAGCUUGAGGUAAGCUGUAAAAACCAGCAGACAUCAGAGUCAACAUCAGGGUUCCUUAUCUUUCAGGGUCAGGUACUCAUCCAGCAUUUGCUGCCACUAACAACAGUCAGUCCUGCACCGCUCUUACUCACUCCUGUUCUCAUCGUUAUCUGUGCUGUGUUGGUGAUGUCUGCCUGCCUGAGCCACUCUGCUCCUCGCUGCCUGCCUUCACUCUCAUACAGUCGCAUGUUUUGUUUUUUUGUUUUUUUUAAACGUGUCAAAUACAAUCCGGUGUCCUUUUUCUUUUUUUUGUUUGUUUGUUUUUUUGUCCAUCUGUGCCUGUGUAACUCCGGUUCUGUUGUGUGUCGAAAUGCCACAUUGUUCCAGCAUGAAUGUGAUAUUAUUUAUUUGUUUUAAGGUCUCCGAGCUGCUCAUUAGGCAGAUAGCAGGACUAUCAGGCAAAUACAGGACCUCUCUUCGCUCUUUCCUCCUUUCUGUUUUUUCUCCUUCCCUUUUCUUCGUGGGUUGCGAUUCCACCAGUUGACCAGCAGAUGGUGGCCUUCCUUCACCAAACCACAGCUCAGCUCUAUCCGGUCUGUGCCUCGACACCAAACUGAGGAGGAGGAGCUCCGGUAUCUUUGCAAUUAAGACUCUGCCUUAAAUCUUCACCUUGUUUUUCCUGUGGAUGGACUUUUUUCACACACACAUCUGGAUGUGUCUGCUUUUCCGCUUGACUACAUCUCCCAUUAGCCACCUGGGCUCACCUCUCACCUCUUUGGAGGACUUCCAUGAAGAGUUUUCCCAUGUAAUCGGUUGUACAUGUGAAUGUGAUGACAGACACGCAGGUAUCAGCGACAUGUACGCACACGUAUGGAAAGCCAAACAGGUCACAAACUGCGUGUUAGUUUGGCACAUUUGGCUUUCCAUAUGUGCGAACAUAUUAAUGUGCGUUUUUGUUAGUUUUUACCAUUGAAAUGAUUUGUACAUAUUAACAUCUGUCAUGUUGAAUGUGUUUCCGUGGUGAUUGUUUUUAGGUUUGUUGGCCCUUUUUGUGAGAGACAACAAGGUUUGAAUUGAACCGAUGCACUUUGUCCUAAAGUACUACAGCAUUUGAAUCUAUCAGACAGUGACUAGUUGAAUGAAUGAAUGGUGAGAGAUGUGAGCUUUCUGAAUGACCCCUGUGUAGAAGUGAGAAACACAAAGCUCGAGUUUCUCUUGGUGGUUUUAUACUCUUUUUGUAACUCUCUUUGAGCAAAGACGGACAUCUUUGUGCAUGAUUUUGUAGUCUUUGAAUUCAUUAAUGUUUUUUUUAAUGGCCCACUACAUCCUCUGUUUAAUAGACUAACACAAAUACACACCUACUGUUUAACAUUAAAAAGCCUCUAAUGAUUCUUCUCACAUGAUAUAAGUGUAGACCGCAGGUGGCCGUGCUUUCGUUGUAAUCUGUGUUUCUUUGAUGAAGCUGUGAACUGUGCAGAACAAUGCUGUAGAUGUUGUUACUUGAACUUUUCUCCCACCCUCUUCACGCCACGGCUGCCAUCUGUGACCAUUCUACGGUGAACACUGGAGGAUUAGUUGGAUAUUUUUGAGAAACCAUACUUCCAGGACUUCCUCAAUGUACAGACUGAUGAUGGUAUCAGCAAAUAACUUUUUUUUUUUUUUUUCCCCCAAAAAAUUAUUUUUGCAGUUUCCUCCAUAGUGACUCAUUUGGUUUGACUUACAAAAAUGGCACAAACAAAAGUAACUACACUGCUCAAAAAAUUAAAGGAACACUUUGAAAACACAUCUGAUCUCAAUGGGAAAAUUGGUCGGGACCAGUCAAUAAUAUCACUUCCUUCAUCCUCCAAGAACUGUCUGCAUACUCUGCACUUGUCAAUUUCAUUAACAUCAAAGCAGCUCAAACUGAUUAUCCCCUCUAAUUAACUGACCAGAUCAAUAUCUCAGAAGUUUAUCUGACUUGAUGCUAUACUCUGAUCAAAAAGUGUUCCUUUAAUGCAGUGGUUCCCAAAGUCAAGAGCACUACGGCCCCCUUAAAAACCAUAAAAUUCCAGAGGGCACCCCCCCGGAUCAUCUGUAAGCGCCUUCCUGUAAAAUUAUCUCUGCUAGAAGCCAGUGAGAAAGUGAUGUAUUUCCUUAAAUAUUUUAUUAAAAAAAAAAAUAUAUAUAUAUAUAUAUACAACACAAGCUGUCAGCUAUAAAUUGCUAAUACUACCCAGUCAUAUGUAAA